GCCUUCUUUCUCAACAAGAAACCUCUCCUCCCCCCGUCUUUCUCCUUUUGGCUCUCCGACGACUUCAAAACGCACAGAGCGGAGCAGAGCAAAGACCUCUUCCCUCCCCACUCCUCAGAAUCUCUCUUUCUAAUUCGCCAUGGGAGACAGUCAGUACUCGUUUUCUCUCACAACUUUCAGUCCCUCGGGCAAGCUAGUGCAGAUUGAGCACGCCUUGACGGCGGUCGGUUCUGGCCAAACUUCUCUCGGGAUCAAAGCUGCUAAUGGUGUUGUCAUCGCGACCGAGAAGAAGCUGCCGUCCAUCUUAGUUGAUGAAACAUCUGUUCAAAAGAUACAGUGCCUGACGCCGAAUAUUGGAGUUGUCUACAGUGGCAUGGGCCCAGAUUUUAGAGUCCUCGUUCGGAAAAGCAGGAAGCAGGCGGAACAGUAUCAUAGGUUAUAUAAGGAACCCAUCCCAGUCACUCAAUUGGUACGAGAAACUGCAGCUGUCAUGCAAGAGUUUACCCAAUCUGGUGGUGUAAGGCCUUUUGGUGUAUCUCUUCUGGUUGCUGGAUAUGAUGACAAUGGUCCUCAGCUCUAUCAGGUUGAUCCAUCUGGUUCAUAUUUCUCAUGGAAAGCUUCAGCCAUGGGCAAGAAUGUCUCAAAUGCAAAAACGUUCCUUGAGAAGAGGUACACUGAUGAUAUGGAGCUUGAUGAUGCUGUUCACACAGCUAUUCUGACGCUCAAAGAAGGAUUUGAAGGGCAAAUUUCUGCGAAGAACAUUGAAAUUGGAAUUAUUAACGCCGUUGACAGAAAGUUUAGGGUGUUGACUCCAGCUGAAAUUGACGAUUUUCUGGCGGAAGUUGAGUAAACAUCAGCCGCCUUCAAUGUUACAUGCGGGAAGAGGCAUGAUACACUGGUAAACAUGCCCAUGACUUUAGCUAUGGAUGACGAAUUGCUGUCAUUUUCCUGGCUGAUGUAUGUGGCUGUAGCAGAAAUUUUAGUACUUGAUUUUGAAUUUCCCCAAGAUAUCAAUUUCGGUGUGGAAGUGCGUGUUAUGAUGGGAAGAACAGAGACCAUGGAUGCCUUUUCUGCGAAAACCAUUAAUUUAAACCGUUUUCAACUCAUUUUACUCGUAGUCAUCUUCCAUUUCGCUCGUUACUA